AUGGAGAUGCCUGAAGAUGUCAGGGAGUCUGAAAGUGGGCGGGAUGUUGCAGAGAAGGAAGUCAAGUUGCAGAGGGCACGGAGCUUUGCCAUUCAAGGAUCUCCGAAGCAGUUGUCACAAGCAGUCUCCCAGCAAUUACUCUACUUCUCAGAUGUCCUUCCAUUCCAAGCCAGCUAUACUCAUUCGCUUUUUGUGGCCUUCUCUUACAGUGAAAGGCUGAAGAUCAACCCCAGAGAAAAGCCGUUCCACCUCCAUCAGAAGAUUCCUUCCCCUCCCUCCUUAACCAAGCUGUGGGUGUCAGGAAAGGGGAGCCCCAACGUUUUCUUUCUGAAGACCCACAAGACAGGAAGCAGCACCAUGCAGAAUAUCCUUUUCCGUGCUGGCGAGCGGCGCAACUGGACUGUGGCGUUCCCCCGCUACUCCUAUCAGUUUGCUUACCCUGAGCCCUUCUCCAGGGACUUUGUGGAAGACCUUCCCCCGAGGGCUGACCGUUUCAACUUGCUCUGCAGCCACACGCGACUGGACGUUGGGGAAGUGCAGGCCCUCAUGCACCCACCAACUGUCUUCCUCACCAUCCUGCGUGACCCUGUGCAAACUUUCGAAUCGGUCUUCCACUAUUACCAGAACAUGGUGCCUGCCUUCCAGUCGCUGUCUAACCACUCCAGCCCGUUGCCUGCUUUUCUGGAGGCAUCCAGUCACUACUACAAUGCUGAGGACAUCAGCAAUGGGCUAGCCAGGAACCCCAUGACCUUUGACCUGGGCCUGAAUCCCAGUGGGGAAGAAGGGCUAAGCAGCUGGUGGCCGAGGGAGCUGGAAAGGCUCAACCGGACCUUCCAGCUGGUGAUGAUCGCAGAACAUUUUGACGAGUCUUUGCUUCUCGCCCAGGAAUUGUUAGGACUGGACAUGGACGAACUGGUUUACGUUCGGCUAAACGUUCGUCACAAAGAGGAGGAGCCAAUGGCCAAGGAACUGGUGGAGAAAAUCCAGGCCUGGAACCAGGCAGAUGUACAACUCUACAGGUUUUUCCAGAGUGUCUUCUGGCGCAAGGUGGAGCACUACGGCUACGUACGCAUGAAGCGGGAAUUGGCCGCCUUCCGAGCCCUGCUGCGGGAGACAGCAGCAAAGUGUCUGGCUGGGGAGCCUGUUGGCCCAGAGAUCACGGCCGAUGAACUGCGGCCCUGGCAGCCAGGAAGCGUCACCAUUCUGGGCUACAAUCUGAAGCCAAACCUGACCUCCAGCCAACAUCGAGACUGUUUCAGAAUGGUCCUACCUGAGCUCCAGUAUCAUGCUUACCUGUACUACAGGCAAUAUGGGAGGGACAUGCGCCCCCUUCCCACUGUGUAAAAGCUGAGUGGAAACAGCAGCUUGAGGGACUUGGUUCCUCUUUCCCAGGGUCCCCAACAUGGUACCCAUUGGCAAGAUUAGGGAGGGGUUUUGCCCAGCAAGGUUUCUGAUUGGCUGCACACAUAAAAUUGCCUUAGCAGCAACU